UGAUUGUGGCUCCCAGAUCUGUAAUAACUAGUGUGGUGAAGUGGAGAGUAAAUAGUUAUAAUGUGGUAAUGUUACUGUACGUGUAUCUCCUGUCAAUAAGAUAAUACUAUGACAUUAUCAAGGCCAUUACAAGGAGACCAUUUCUUAUUUGUGUGUUCAGGGGUACACAUCACCUGUCUGCUCUACUUGAAGGAACGAGAACACCGGAGAAAAUGUGGAACAUCGUAACAAUCAAGGGCAUCAUCCUUGUGGUGAUGUUUCUUAUCACCUUUGUGUGUUCCAUGUUACCCAUUAUGUUUGUUAAGCACAUCAGGGAAACACACGACUCGAACCGUCGCUCCAGGUACCAGACAUUGCUGAGCCUCAUGUCCUGUUCUGCCGGAGGAGUCUUCAUGGGGACGUGCAUCAUGGACCUGUUCCCAGAUGUGCAGGAACAGCUGGAUGUUCUCAUGGAUCAGAGCUUUGUGAUGAGUUCUUUCCCCGUCGCCGAGUUCAUCGUCGUUUUCGGCUUCCUCCUCGUACUCGCCAUGGAACAGAUUGUACUGGACUAUAAGGAAACCAGUUUACUCCGAGGCCCACCUGAAGCACAGUCCCUGUUAAGUGAACCAAACGAGAGGAGACGCAACCUCCAGCAACAGCACAGCCUCAGUGGCAUCUCUGACCAGCCUGACCUCACUGCAUCAAUAAGAAGUGAAACUGGUUCAUUAGGAGGUUCACAUCAUGGGUAUGGAACAGCAGCUGAUGACUGUGAACCUGAGGAAGGUCAUGGACAUUCCCACCACCUCUUUGAUCACUCCAUCCACCACGAUAUUGCCUCCCACUCCUCCCUGCGCUCACUCCUACUGCUGUUUGCUCUCUCUCUCCAUUCUAUUUUCGAGGGGCUGGCAGUUGGCCUACAGGGCAGUAUCGAUGAUGUGGUCGGGUUGUUCCUGGUGGUGAUCUUCCAUAAAGGUAUCAUAGCCUUCUCCCUCGGCCUCAACAUGGUGCAAUCCAAGCUCUCUGUGUCCCAGAUGCUGAUGGCCAAUAUGUUUUUCUGUGUGACUUCACCCCUGGGUGUGGGUAUUGGCAUGGGCAUUAUGGAGAUGCAGGCAUCUUUCACUACUGCUGCCAUAUCAGGAUCACUCCAGGGCAUUGCUUGUGGUACCUUCCUGUAUGUGACAUUCUUUGAGGUUCUACCUCACGAGAUGAACAAUGGUGAGAACAGGUUACUCAAGCUACUGUUCAUCAUCUUUGGUUUCUCAGCAGUGUGCGGUGUUCUCUACCUGGACCCAGACACACAACAUCCUCGCUGCUUUCGGCAGCCUAUACCCAUGACCCCAUCGUAAUGUACUUAUGUAUAUACCUUACCUUCAUCUGUCGUGGCACAACCUUGUUUCUGUAGUAAUGUAGCUAUAAUGGAUAGCCAUGAAUAAGGUCAGUCAAGUUGGUAGUUGAAAUACACAUUAUUAAAAAUGGGAUUUGUAUUUGAAAGUUGCUCUCUAAUUGAUCUGGGUUGAUUAACAGCUGUAGUGUUUUUGGCUGUGUAUAAAUACUCUUAAUUAUUCAGGGAACCUCUUGUAAUAUUAUAAAACUUUGGUAAAUAUGAGACAAAUUAUCAUAGAUCUUUUUUAUACUUAAAAUUUUUAUAACGUA